GUCCGUAAAAGGGGUUAAUUCUGAACUGAAGGGACAGGAAGAUGUAUGUUACUUGUUUAUAGCAAAGGCCACAGUAACAGCAAGCUCACUUCGUGUAGGAAUGUAUGCGAAUACUCCAGUGUAUGUGUGCUGUAUUGGAUGUUUUUCUUGACGUUUUCUCAAAUACAACGUCUAAACGAUCUGCGUUUUCAAAAACACUGAUUCUGCAAGGAAGUUUUCAUGAAAGCAGUGAACUCUGUCGCUUCACUCUUGAAUUAAACUCUUUCUUCCAUUUUCAUGCACCUGUAACCAAAGCUCAGCUGGAGGUACACCUGCUUAAUCUCAAGGUUUUGGGAAAGGCAGAGGCUUUAUGGAUGGACUGGGGUUGAUUGCUGACAUUUAUUGCUAGAUUUACAAAAGAAACCUUUGCAGGGAACAAAAUGAGAAGACUGAGCACCCUUUGACAGGCACAGAAAAAGAGAUUCAAGCCUUGGUUCAUGGUGAGGUUUGGAAAUAUGUCCUACAGCGACCAGACACCUCCCAGCCCCAGCAGAGGCAGCAGCAGUAACUCUGGGGCACAGUAUGCUACUGCCACGCUGGGUGUGGGCCUCAUAGCCCUCGGGAUCGUCAUGAUUGUCUGGAGCGUGGUGCCAUCAGGGUCAGCUGGGAAUAGCUCCAGACCAGGCAUGGAGUCUAGUCAAGUACGGGACACCUCAUCCGUAGCUUUCGUGCUGGUCGGAGGAGGCAUUGCUUUGCUGUUGCUCUCUGUGUGUCUGAGCAUACGGAACAAACGGCGAGCGGCCAGGGGACAGGAAGCCAGCAACACACCCGCAAACGCACAGGAGAGGGCUAUGGCGGAGCAGUUAGCUCAGAGUUACAUGGUUCCCAGUUAUGAGGAGGUGGUUGAGAGUGGUCAGUACCCCAUCAGUCAGUCAUCUGUGCGGAACAACAGCACCACCCAGCUUCCAGCCUAUGAGGAGCUUGUGGAACAUCAACUCGCCUUGGAAGAUGGGUCAAAUCAGGCACGCAGACACUCUUCUCAAACUGACCCCAGCUCUGGAGAGGGUGGCCGCAGAAAGAGCCGACCCGGUAGCAAGCUUAUUCCCCUAAAAAUGCGACGCUUCAAAUCGGAGAAUAUGAGAAGGAAGAGCUUAAGCGAUGCCCCGCAGAGCUAUGUGUUCACCAUCGAACCCCUCACACCUCCCCCACAUUAUGACGAUGAACCUCCACCACUACUUACAAACACUCCACAGUAAGAAGUGUGACGACCUCCAUCAUGAAACACUCAAGUACAGAAUUGCAGAUUCCUUACUGCAUGCUACUUCUCUAAAGAAAAAUGUGGUACUGUCUGAGGAUUAUGGAAGUGCUAUAGUAGAGUGUGAGUCUCUGGUUGCUCUGUAGCACAUUCCCAUAGAAUGGAGAGUAUUCAUGACAUCUUUGAUGUACAUUUUUGUUGUUUUGCAAACUUAGUUGUCAUAUGACAGAGCAGAUGAUGGAAAAGCCUGUCAAACAGCAUUUGAUGGUGAUCCUACAGUUGGAUUGAAACUGGAUUUUUGACAACUGUUUACUGAACAACUGCUGGUAUUGUUAUAGAAAACUUUACAGCCCACAGGCCUGUAAUGUUAUUGGUGGUAAACUUGAAAUUCAACAUUUGAGCUGUCCAAACCUUUUAUAGGGUCAAGGAUUAUCAGGAGAUGUCAAACUGUAAACUGAGUUUCAUCAACAUUGCUGUUGUUUUUUUUUUUGUUUGUUUGUUUGAUUUUUGCACUAGUGUGUGUGUGUGUGUGUGUGUGUGUGUGUGUGUUCUGUUGCUGCUGGGUGUUAGUGAACAUGAUGUUAUUGUAUUUUCCAUAAAUGUACCUGAAGUAGGUGUGUUUGUUGUAAAGGGUUAGUUCACACAAAAAAAAAGAAAA